AUGCAAGCUGCUGUAAGCGCCAGGGCGGCGCUGAGGAUCUCUCGCAUAUCCAGACCUUAUAACGUUCCAAGAACGGUGCUGUUGAGCAGAAGGUUGCUGGCUGCAAGGCCACGUUCGUUCAGCAGCAGUGAGGGCAUACAACUUCAAAGUUCGGGGGCCAUGAAGCACGGUUUUGAAUCAGUCCGAAAAGGGGAGGAUCAGGAUGGGACAAGUGAAGUCUUCAAGCUGCGCAUCAUCUCAUACAACAUACUUGCUCAGUGCUACAUCAAGGGCGAGCUCUUUCCAUACGCUCCAAAGAACUCCUUGAAGUGGAAGAACCGGUCACAAGUCCUGGGGCAAGAGUUGCUGUCAUUCGACGCCGACUUCAUCUGCCUGCAGGAGCUGGACAUGUUCGCCGAGUUCUUCCGGCCGCUAAUGGAACAACAUGGUUACGCAUGUCUCUACAAGCAGCGGCCCAAUCGAAAGAACGACGGCUGCGGCAUCUUCUACCGAAGCGACCGGUUUACGCUCCUCCAGCGGCGCGACGUCGACUUCAACGACCUGGUGCCGGAGGAGGAGUCUCCACAGGAGCCCCCGUCAAAGAUGCCGCGGACGAGCGACGGCGCCGUGUCGGACGCCGGGCGCGCGUCCUUCGAAGCGUCCGUCGGGACGUCCGUCGCCAGCCAGAUCAUCGAGAACGACAGCGCGUCGCAGAACGGGGCUGCGGUGGAGCCUGUCGGAGUGGCACAGACCCUUGGGGGGUUGGCCGACCGGUUGAUACGCACCGGGAAUGAGGCCGCGGGGACCUCUGGAAGCCAACCUGCGGCGUCCGCAACGCACUCUGCGGCGCCCAGGGCUGAUACGAGCCGGGGCAGCGGGUCCGCAGAGGGUGGGGACGCGACCAAGUCCGGGGUAAAGGCGGUAAGGCUAACCGGGUUAGCCGAGAGGCUCGUCAAGCCUGAGGCGAAAGCGAGCGGGCCGCCCGCCAAGGAUUUCGCGACGGCAGCGCGGUUCUCGAAAGAGCACCGAUUGCAGAGGGACUGCGUGGCGGUGAUGGGGGCGUUCCGGCCGGUUGGCGGGACCAAAGGGACGUUCGUGGUCGCAAAUACGCACAUUUACUGGGACCCCCAGUGGAUCGACGUCAAGCUUGCGCAGGCCGAGUACCUGCUCUACAGCCUGUCCAACUUCUUGGACUCCCUCUCCGAAGGCGCCCGGGGCAGCGUCCCGGCCAUGCUGUGCGGGGACUUCAACAGCCAGCCGGGGGACCGGGUGUACCGGUAUAUUACUUCGGCUAAGCUUCCGGAAGACACAUCGACAGUCGAGGGGAAAGCACGGAAGGUCGACAUUGAGUCAGCCGCCAACAAGCUGUUCGUAGCGCCCGCACCCGUGCGGUUGUUCAGUGCCCAUGAGAGGAGUGGGGGGGAGCCCCCGUUCACGAAUUUCACGCCAAAGUUCACAGGCACCCUUGAUUAUUGUUUCCUGACCGCUAAUAUGGUGCCGCGCUUGGUAGGUAGGAAGAGCACACCGGACGAUACCGAAAAGGAGUUAGGAGUGGGUAUACCCAAUCAGCUGUACCCUAGCGACCAUUUGCCUAUCGGGUUCGACUUCGAGAUCGAGAGAAGAAGUUUCAGGUGA